CUGCUAUCGCGGGAUUCAACCUUCUAACAUCUCUUAAGUACAAAUCAGGGCAAGGCUCGCCCAUCCGACCCCCCUAGAGUUGGUUGUGAACGUCUGCCCAACCACCGCUGAACUUUCCAGGAGCCUGACACGAGCCUAGCAGGUAGGGGCUUAGCAAAAGCAGUGGGGCAGGACAGAAAUACUGAAAUCUGCGUUUUUCUUCCCGUUGCAGUUUUGUAAACAUCAACCAACGAUGAAACCUUCCACGGCAGAGACGCUUCAUAAAGGGAGGAUGUUGUGGAUAAUUCUUCUAAGCACAAUUGCUCUAGCAUGGACUACACCAAUUCCCUUGAUAGAGGAUUCGGAGGAACUCGAUGAGCCCUGCUUUGAUCCAUGUUACUGUGAAGUGAAGGAGAGCCUUUUCCAUAUACAUUGCGACAACAAAGGAUUUAUAAAUAUUAGUCAGAUAACAGAGUCGUGGUCGAGACCUUUUAAACUUUAUCUGCAGAGGAAUUCCAUGAGGAAAUUGUACACCAACAGUUUUCUUCACUUGAACAAUGCUGUGUCUAUUAACCUUGGGAACAAUGCACUGCAGGACAUUCAGACGGGGGCUUUUAACGGGCUCCGAGUUCUGAAGAGGUUGUAUUUGCACGAAAACAAAUUGGACAUUUUUAGAAACGACACUUUCCUGGGUUUGGAAAGUCUGGAAUAUCUGCAGGCAGAUUACAAUGUCAUUAAACGGAUUGAAAGCGGGGCAUUUCGAAACCUAAGUAAAUUGAGGGUCCUUAUCCUAAAUGACAAUCUUAUCCCCAUGCUUCCCACCAACUUAUUUAAGUCUGUGUCCUUAACCCACUUGGACUUGCGCGGGAACCGCCUAAAAGUCCUUUCGUACCGCGGGAUGUUGGACCAUAUUGGCAGGAGCCUGAUGGAGAUCCAGCUGGAGGAGAACCCGUGGAACUGUACGUGCGAGAUCGUGCAGCUGAAGAGCUGGCUGGAGCGCAUCCCCUACACCGCCCUGGUGGGGGACAUCACCUGCGAGACCCCCUUCCACUUCCACGGGAAGGACCUGCGGGAAAUCAAACGAAGUAAGCUCUGCCCCAUGCUGUCCGACUCCGAGGUGGAAGCCAGCCUGGGCAUCCCUCAGCUGUCGUCCAGCAAGGAGAACGCGUGGCCUACGAAGCCUUCCUCCAUGCUGUCCUCCUUCCAUUUCACCGCUUCCUCGGUUGAGUACAAAACAUCCAACAAGCAGCCCAAACCCACCAAGCAGCCCAGGGCGCCCCGGCCUCCCCCGACACCCCGCGGCCUGUACCCCGGGCCCAACCAACCGCCCGUGGCUGCCUACCAGACCCGGCCCCCCAUCCCCAUCAUCUGCCCCACCGGGUGCUCUUGCAGUUUGCACAUCAACGACCUGGGCCUGACGGUCAACUGCAAGGAGCGAGGGUUUCACAACAUCUCCGAGCUCCUGCCCAGGCCCUUGAACGCCAAGAAGCUCUACCUGAGCGGGAAUUUGAUCCAGAAAAUCUACCGCUCCGAUUUCUGGAAUUUUUCCUCCUUGGAUCUCUUACACCUGGGGAACAACCGGAUCUCCUACGUGCAGGACGGGGCUUUUAUCAACCUGCCGAAUCUCAAGAGCCUGUACCUGAACGGCAACGACAUCGAGCGGCUCACCCCGGGCAUGUUCCGGGGCCUGCAGAGUUUGCAUUACCUGUACUUCGAGUACAACCUGAUCAGGGAAAUCCAGCCGGCGGCCUUCAGCCUCAUGCCCAACCUGAAGCUCCUCUUCCUCAACGACAACCUGCUCCGCACCCUGCCCACCGACGCCUUCGCCGGCACCUCCCUGGCCCGCCUCAACCUGCGCAACAACCACUUCUUGGCGCUGCCGGUGGCCGGGGUGCUGGAGCACCUUCACGCCAUCGUCCAGAUCGACCUGAAGCUCAACCCUUGGGACUGCACCUGCGACCUGGUGCCGCUCAAGCAGUGGCUGGAGGCCCUCAGCUCCGUCAGC